ACUUAAUUCUCUUGGGGCCUUUCUAACGAUCAAUUAAAACUCUUCUAAUCUCCACUGAUGCAAUUUAAUCCAUCAGCUUUUUUUUUAAUUUUUCAAAAGUAAGGGAAAAGAACUGCUUAUCAUCAUUAUAAAAAUUGAAUGCUCUUACUUGAGGUUGGCCUUAAGAAAGAUGAAUUCGAUAUAUAACUUGAAAUGGCUCUUUUAUUUAUUUAUGGAAAAAAGAGAAAGGAAGAUUGAAGUACAAAAAAAACCGCCAAGUUCAAAUGCUACCCUGUGCGCUAGUCGCGCUAAUGAAUUAGCGAGUGUGUACUAUGUAGCAGACCAAUCUUACUCCAUGAGGUAAUAUUAUAGGAUGUCGACCUUGCUCGUUAGUCCAUUAGUACUCGGGUGCUGCAAAAAAGCACUCUGUUAAAUUGUGUAAUUGUUAAUUUCGAUACUUGGUCCUCGCCGAAAUAACGAGGCGGUCGAGGACCUCGUUUUUUUUUAUAAUUUUGCAUUAGUACCGGUUCUCAUUGUUUGACAAUGCAUCGACUUUUGAAUGUGCGAGCAGUCUCGUUGCCUCGAGGCCCGAGUAUACACAUUGUCAACACAAAGAGCAUUUGUUUUAUCAGUAGUGGAUUCAAUACGAGAUCAUUGGACAGAUUAUGCACACGACAAUUUUCAACCACAAUCAAUAAAGCUUUGUUGAGCUCCUCUACAAAAAAACGUAUUAUCAGGAAAAAAAAUAAACAGUACGCUGAAUUGUUGGAGGUUACUGAUAGCUCAUCCAGCAACAAAAAAGCUGCUGUCCAAAAACUAAAUGCUGCUCAGCUUUCAAUGUUAGUUGACCAACCUGAAAUCACUCUGGACAAAUUACAUAAAAUAGAAGCUAAAGCAUUUAAAAAAAAAAGUAAAGUUGGUAGCAUAUCUCAGUUCAGCACAAACAGUGUAAAUCGAUCUAUCAUAGACAAAGUUACCCUUUCGUCUGAUACCUUUGGAUUACAUGCAGUUGAUGGUUUAGACAAUGUUAAUGAUAUUCUUAAAAGUGUUGGGAAAGCAGACCGCGAUGUAAUUGUGCAAGAGUUGUCAACUUCAGAUUAUAAUGAUGACCCUGUCGUUAUGAAUUCAAGAACAAAUUUAGACAAUUUAACUGAGUCUGAAUCAGAAAAAAAAAUUUUUGAUUCCUCGUCCCAAAGCCAAAAAAAAGAAAAUGUGGAAGAGUCUGAAACUUAA